GGCUGCUCCUCUCAGAGCUCUGGGCCGGCUCUGUCAGCUGGGGCCCCCUGCGGCCGGCUGUGUCCCUCGCCGCUAGGACCUGCCAGUCUGCGCGCCAUGGCAGCGGCGGCAGCAUCCCCGCCAGCAUCCCCGCCAGCCAGCGGCGGCGGCGGUGGCGUCCACGGCCGCCGCUGAUGCUAUUGUUCCCUAGUGUUAGUUGCUCUUUGGCUGCUUUUCUUCUGGAGCGAACAAUAGAAGCAGGGAGAGCUUUGCUUUCUCUACUGGUGGAGAAGGAAGGACCGUCCCUUGCGAGAGUGGUGCGGCUCCGGAGGCUGGAGCGGCUGCGGACAGCAUGGGGUUGCGAGCCGGGCGCCUGGCGUCCCCGAGCCGGGGCGUCCUGCAGCUGCUGCGGUUGCCACUGCUCUUGCUACUCCUGCUGAGCUCUGGCGCCCGCGGGGCUGCGGCGCAGGGAGACACCGAGGUGCCCACCCUCUAUCUGUGGAAGACCGGUCCCUGGGGACGAUGCAUGGGAGAUGACUGUGGACCGGGCGGCAUCCAGACUCGGGCUGUGUGGUGUGCUCACGUGGAAGGCUGGACUACGUUACACACAAACUGCAAGCAGGCUGUGAGACCCAGUAACCAGCAAAACUGUUUCAAGGUGUGUGACUGGCACAAGGAAUUGUACGACUGGAGGCUGGGACCCUGGGAUCGGUGUCAGCCUGUGAUUUCGAAAAGCCUCGAGAAAGCACGAGAAUGUGUGAAGGGUGAGGAAGGCAUCCAGGUGAGAGAGAUAAUGUGCAUCCAAAAGGACAAGGACAUUCCCGCAGAGGACAUCAUCUGCGAGUACUUUGAACCCAAGCCCCUCCUGGAACAGGCCUGCCUCAUCCCUUGCCAGAAAGACUGCAUUGUGUCUGAGUUCUCACCCUGGUCCGAGUGUUCCAGGACCUGUGGCAGUGGCCUGCAGCACCGCACGAGGCACGUGGUUGCACCGCCACAGUAUGGAGGCUCUGGCUGUCCCAACCUCACUGAGUUUCAGGUGUGCCAGUCCAACCCCUGCGAGGAGGAUGAGAGCUUGUAUAGCUUGCAGGUGGGGCCCUGGAGCGCAUGCUCAGUACCACACACAAGGCAAGCCAGGCAAGCCAGGCGUCGUGGCAAGAACAAGGAGAGGGAGAAGGAGAGAGGAAAAGCCAUGAAGGACCCAGAGGCCCGUGAGCUCAUCAAGAAGAAGAGAAACAGAAACAGACAAAACAGACAGGAGAACAGAUACUGGGACAUCCAGAUUGGCUAUCAGACCCGGGACGUGAUGUGCUUAAACAGGACUGGGAAAUCUGCGGACCUCAGCUUUUGCCAGCAAGAGAGACUGCCCAUGACCUUCCAGUCCUGCGUGAUCACCAAAGAGUGCCAGGUGUCUGAGUGGUUGGAAUGGAGCCCAUGUUCAAAAACAUGCCACGAUGUCACAUCCCCUACAGGCACUCGAGUAAGGACAAGGACUAUCACGCAGUUUCCAAUUGGAAGUGAGAAGGAAUGUCCAGCGCUUGAGGAGAAGGAGCCCUGUUUGUCUCAGGGAGAUGGAGCUGUCCUCUGUCCUAUAUAUGGCUGGAGAACUACAGAGUGGACAGAGUGCCACGUGGACCCUUUGCUUAGUCAGCAGGACAAGAGGCGUGCCAAUCAGACAGCCCUCUGUGGAGGUGGUGUCCAGACCCGGGAAAUAUACUGCGUACAAACCAACGACAACAUGCUCUUCCAUGUAAAUACACAGAAGGACAAAGAAGCUUCAAAACCUGUGGACUCAAAAUUAUGCUCUGGCCCUGUUCCUAACACCACACAGUUGUGCCACGUUCCUUGUCCAAUUGAAUGUGAGGUUUCACCUUGGUCAGCCUGGGGACCAUGUACUUAUGAAAACUGUAAUGACCAGCAAGGCAAAAAAGGAGAAGAAGUGGACAGACAGCUCUGCAGAGAUGCAAUCUUUCCUAUCCCUGUGGCCUGUGAUGCUCCAUGCCCGAAGGACUGUGUGCUCAGUGCAUGGUCCUCGUGGUCCUCCUGUUCACAUACCUGCUCUGGGAAAACCACAGAAGGGAAACAGACCCGAGCCCGGUCAAUUUUGGCCUAUGCAGGUGAAGAAGGUGGAAUUCGCUGCCCUAACAUCAGUGCUUUGCAAGAGGUGCGCAGCUGCAAUGAGCAUCCUUGCACUGUGUACCACUGGCAGACUGGUCCCUGGGGUCAGUGUAUAGAGGACACAUCGGUGUCAUCCUUCAAUACGACCACAACAUGGAAUGGGGAGGCCUCAUGUUCUGUGGGCAUGCAGACACGAAAAGUCAUCUGUGUGCGAGUCAACGUGGGCCAAGUGGGACCUAAGAAGUGUCCUGAAAGCCUUCGGCCUGAAACAGUGAGACCCUGCUUGCUUCCUUGUCGGAAGGACUGUAUCAUGACCCCAUACAGUGACUGGACUCCAUGUCCCUCUUCAUGCAGAGAAGGAGACUCUGGAGCCAGGAAGCAGUCUCGACAGCGAGUCAUCAUUCAGCUGCCAGCCAAUGGCGGCAAGGAAUGCUCAGACCCACUAUAUGAAGAGAAGGCCUGUGAAGCUCCUCCCACAUGUCACAGCUACAGGUGGAAGACACACAAAUGGCGCAGGUGCCAGUUAGUUCCUUGGAGUAUUCAACAGGAUGUCCCUGGAGCACAGGAAGGCUGCGGGCCUGGGCGGCAGGCAAGAGCCAUUACUUGUCGAAAGCAAGAUGGAGGGCAGGCUAGCAUCCAGGAGUGCCUCCAGUAUGCAGGCCCUGUGCCAGCCCUGACCCAGGCUUGCCAGAUCCCCUGCCAAGAUGACUGUCAAUUUACCAGCUGGUCCAAGUUUUCUUCAUGCAACGGAGACUGCGGUGCAGUUAGGACCAGAAAGCGUGCUAUUGUUGGAAAAAGUAAAAAGAAGGAAAAAUGUAAAAACUCUCAUUUGUACCCUCUGAUCGAGACCCAGUAUUGUCCCUGUGACAAAUAUAAUGCACAGCCGGUGGGGAACUGGUCAGACUGUAUUUUACCGGAAGGGAAGGCUGAGGUGCUGCUGGGAAUGAAGGUACAAGGCGACAGCAAGGAAUGCGGGCAAGGAUACCGUUACCAAGCGAUGGCGUGCUAUGAUCAAAAUGGCAGACUUGUGGAAACAUCGCGAUGCAACAGCCAUGGUUACAUAGAAGAAGCCUGCAUCAUCCCCUGCCCCUCAGACUGCAAGCUCAGUGAGUGGUCCAACUGGUCCCGCUGCAGCAAGUCCUGUGGCAGCGGCGUGAAGGUCCGGUCCAAGUGGCUGCGCGAAAAGCCUUAUAACGGAGGAAGGCCUUGCCCCAAACUGGACCAUGUCAAUCAGGCACAGGUGUACGAGGUCGUCCCAUGCCACAGUGACUGUAACCAAUACAUAUGGGUCACAGAGCCAUGGAGUGUCUGCAAGGUAACCUUUGUGGACAUGCGAGACAACUGUGGAGAAGGUGUGCAGACCCGAAAAGUGAGAUGCAUGCAGAAUACAGCAGAUGGCCCUUCUGAACAUGUGGAGGAUUACCUGUGUGACCCAGAAGAUAUGCCCCUGGGCUCUAGAGAGUGUAAACUCCCAUGCCCCGAGGACUGUGUCAUAUCUGAGUGGGGACCAUGGACCCAGUGUGCUUUGCCUUGCAAUCCAAGUGGUUCGAGGCAAAGGUCAGCGGAUCCCAUCAGACAGCCUGCUGAUGAAGGAAGAGCCUGCCCUGAUGCUGUGGAGAAAGAGCCCUGUAACCUGAACAAAAAUUGUUACCACUAUGACUAUAAUGUCACAGACUGGAGUACGUGUCAGCUGAGCGAGAAGGCAGUUUGUGGGAAUGGCAUUAAAACAAGGAUGUUGGACUGUGUUCGAAGUGAUGGCAAGUCCGUUGAUCUAAAGUACUGUGAAGAGCUUGGGCUGGAAAAGAAUUGGCCAAUGAACACAUCCUGCACAGUGGAAUGCCCUGUGAACUGCCAGCUUUCUGACUGGUCUCCUUGGUCACAAUGUUCUCAAACAUGUGGACUCACAGGAAAAAUGAUACGAAGACGAAGUGUAACCCAGCCCUUUCAAGGUGAUGGGAGGCCCUGCCCUUCUCUGAUGGAACAAUCCAAACCUUGCCCAGUGAAGCCAUGUUAUCGGUGGCAAUAUGGCCAGUGGUCUCCAUGCCAAGUUCAGGAGGCCCAGUGUGGAGAAGGAACCAGGACACGGAAUAUUUCUUGUGUUGUGAGUGAUGGCUCAGCUGAGGAUUUCAGCAAAGUGGUGGACGAAGAGUUCUGUGCUAACACAGAGCUCAUCAUAGAUGGUAAUAAACAAAUAGUUCUGGAGGAAACCUGCACCCAGCCCUGCCCAGGUGACUGUUAUUUGAAUGACUGGUCUUCAUGGAGUCUGUGUCAGCUGACCUGUGUAAAUGGUGAGGAUCUUGGCUUUGGUGGAACACAAGUCCGGUCCAGAGCAGUGAUUAUACAAGAACUGGAGAAUCAACACCUAUGUCCAGAGCAGAUGUUAGAAACAAAAUCAUGUGAUGAUGGACAAUGCUAUGAGUACAAGUGGGUGGCAAGUGCUUGGAAGGGCUCCUCUCGGACAGUCUGGUGUCAAAGGUCAGAUGGCGUAAAUGUAACAGGGGGCUGCUUGGUGGUUAGCCAGCCUGAUGCUGACAGGUCUUGUAACCCACCCUGUAGUCAACCGCACUCAUAUUGUAGUGAGAUGAAGACCUGCCGCUGUGAAGAAGGGUACACUGAAGUCAUGUCCUCUAACAGCACCCUUGAGCAAUGCACACUUAUCCCCGUGGUGGUGAUUCCCACUGUGGAGGAUAAAAGAGGAGAUGUGAAAACCAGUCGGGCAGUUCACCCAACCCAACCCUCCAUUAACCCAGCAGGACGGGGAAGGACAUGGUUUCUACAGCCAUUUGGGCCAGAUGGAAGAUUAAAGACCUGGGUUUAUGGUGUCGCAGCCGGGGCAUUUGUGCUGUUAGUCUUCAUUGUCUCCAUGAUUUACCUAGCGUGCAAAAAGCCAAAGAAACCCCAAAGACGGCAGAACAACCGCCUCAAACCUUUAACCUUAGCAUACGAUGGAGACGCUGAUAUGUAACAUUGACUUUUCCUGGACACAACCAGACUUGGCCUUUUCCCUUUAUAGUAGACAUCCAGAGGCCAGAGUGCCAGUAUUCAAAUGUGUGAGUUAUAAUUAACUUUAACUGUUAUGAACACCAUCAUUAAGAAAAAGGAGAAAAUCCUACUCCCUCUGGGAAUAUUCAAGACAGUAGCACUGACACGUAGAGUCAGCUCUGAAAAUUCUAAGAGAUGCAGUGAAGUGCAUGCUGUGUCCUGAGAGUUUUGUGGCAUCUUUUCUGAGAUCUACCCAAUUUUUUUCAAAAAGAAAAAAACAAAAGAAAACCACUUUGAUCUCUAAAACAUAGUGAGGAGAUUGGCCAACUGGGAAGCCAGAUGCAAGACUGCUUGCAGCACUAACCCACCGAACUUUCUAGCAUGAAGAGUUUAUACCGAAGGCUUUACAAUUCUACACUUAACCAUACCAACGUGUAUACUCGAUCAAAUGACUUACAUGAUGUCACAUUAUAUACUUGUUAAUAGGCAACUUUUAACAGUGAAGAAGAUGUAAGGCCUAUGCCAAGUAGAAAAUCCAUAGAACAACUUAGCAUCUUCAUGGUUGAUGGUAGCAUUGAUUGGCCUGCAUUUUAGAGACAAACUCUUUUAUAAGACUUUACCCUUGUCUCUCUCUAAUGUGUGAAUGCUGGACAUGUACUAGCCUUAGAAGAAGGGGUCCUCAAGUUCGGUAUUUUAUAGUGGUUAUUGUCUGGGAAACAAAUAUGCUAGUGUUAAUACCUUUCUACCUUCCCUAAUUUCACACUGGUUGCCUACAUCUUUUUUGCUAUAUGGAAGGCACAUUUUGCACUAUAUUAGUGCAGCAAGAUAGGCACUUAACCAGUGUUGCCAUAGAAACUGCCUCUUUUCAUAUGGGAUGAUGAAGACAUCUGUGCCAAGAGUGCUGUGGAGACAUUUGCAAGCUUUUGUCCACUGAAGAAUAUUAGUUCAGUCUUAAUGAUAACAGGAUCAAAUCUACUAUUACACCUGCUGUCUACACUCUUCCUUCUUGCUACAGUCAUCAUGAAAUUGACAAUAUGGCAAUAAUUCAAGUGUUGAAGUCCCUAAACCUGACCCAAACCUCCAAAAUGUAGAACCCCUUGGUUGGGUUGCAGUUGCUCUUGGAAGGCUGUUUAUGACAAGAUUUAUAUAUUUGUUAUCUUUGUUUAAAAAAAAAAGAAGAAGAAGAAGAAAAGCAAAGAAAAAAGGACUGGUUGUCUUCAUAAUUUUGAGUAGAUGGAGAAAAUAGUGUAUCAAUGAUUUUUCUAACAAAAAGAAAUCAAAAUUAUUUGUUAGCUUUCCUGUCUUCCUGAUUUGUUUUUCAGUCUUACAGGCUGUAUUUCAUAGUCAUGGUCUUUUGCCCAUUUCAUGGUUGAAAUCUGAAUUAGCGUGAUUUAUUAAGAGAUAAAAUUUAAGAAGAGAAGGAUGAAUAAUCUUGUCCAGGGCUUGCUUAAACAUCUAGAGCAAGGGGCAUAAGCCUUUAAAGCAGAAGACCAAACAGAAAAUGUUUUCAGUCAGGUCUUUAGUUCAGCUCAGAACACUGGCGCUGUGCAGGGCUUCCAGAGAAGUCAGCUGGGAGACACCAUUUUCUGACAGAACUUUCCUCCCACAAGAAGCCAGCCAGCUACAUUUACGUGUUUUGGUUUGCUGACCUGCCUAAUACUCUAGAUGUGGCUUUAGAGCUAGCCCUACAUUAUAUUAUCAUUAGCUUCCAGUCACUUACUCUCUGUCUAUCAAGUGUGCUUAAUUUCACAGGUGACAAUUCAUAGACAUUAACUUAUGAUUGUUGGGAAAUCAACUCUGUGUUCACUGGUGAAACACAGGAAACGCCACCAAGGAAUAUAGUUCACCUCUUUCUUCUGAAAAAGAAAGCUAACCUGUGUCGUGAAAAAGCACUCCCAUAUUUCUGUCACUAACAGAAAUACUACAGUUAGCCUCUGAUAGAAUGGGGACCAUUUUGCUUUUCAGUCUUUUAAACACGGUAAACACAUGAUUUUUAUUUAUUUCAUUUUAUUAUUUUACUUUUUAUCUGAAAUGUGUCUGUAUUGCUGGAACUGUGGUUUUGUUGGUGAGGUAUUUUGCCUUUACCAGCUGUGUUUGAGCUCCCUCUGCUGUCCAUUAGAACAGCUUUUUCUGCCCAGAUUAGAAAUGAAUUCUGAAUAAGAGGAUGUUGUAAUCUCCCAAAUGAAAAAUCUUUAUAUAUAAUUCAAUAUGAACACAAUGUGAUGAAUGCUUCUUACUCAUGCCAAAUAUAAGGCACUAAAUGAUUAUGUCAUUUCAAAGAGAGUGGAUAGCCAAGGAUUUAAUUUAGGUAAAGCAUUAAAGAGAAAGGAAAAAUAAUAUUGAUAUUCUGAAACUGUAAUCGUACACACAUACACACACACACACACACACACACACACAAGCAGUCUUCCAAAUAAUCUGUGAGUUGAGCUCUUUGAAUAAAAUAAGCUCAGUCUGUCCAAAAUAGUUAAAUCACAAUCUCUGUGGGUAGUUGAAAAUUUUUAACAAUCUGAUGAAGUGUGGGCAAAACUUAGCAAUCUUGAAAUAGGAAAUAAAAUAGGAUACUUUUUUCUUACCCAAACUACACUUAAGGUA